GUGCUUCCCUGUUUUGUUCCACGCGCUCUCUGAGCCUCACCGCCCACCUCGUUUCGCGUCUCAAGUUGCCCUUCGCGCACUCCAAUCGUCACACCCCAACUCCCACCCACUGUUUCCAAGAGAAGAGCCCUUCGCGCCCAGAGCCAGACCUCGACGCGCAUCCGCCGGAUCAGAACGCAGAAAGUGCAUCCGGUAUACCCAGACCACCUUGCUCACUAGCGCUUUGACUCGGCUGUCUCUCGAGAGCGCGCGUGAGCUACUCGGGCCACACGCGACAGUCAGAGACCGUCCUGAGCGGCCGGCCGUUUCGGCAGACCGGCUUGUGAAAUAAGAAGAUCCCCCCCCCUUUGGCACCCCCGGCUCGGACCCCCCACCAGGUGCCGGCCCCCUCCUUUUGCUCGCCUCUACCCACGCUCGUUUGACCGACAGCCUAAGUUGUUCACUUCGGCGACCGCGGCGUACGCAAAAUAGUUCGACAAACACUGCCGGCGCAGUCGCCUGUCGUCCGGAGAGUACUCGAGCUGUUGCGCGGAGCUCUGGGUCUGUCUCUUUUGUGGUGCGAACAUACCACGUGCCCCUUCCAUCCGUCUCAGUGUGAAGUAUCCCCCGUCUCUACCUCUCCCUCGCCAUUCUCCACCAUGGCAACCGUCAGCCGUCAGCCUUUUGCUCCGGUCGGCGAAGCACGGUUGAAGAGCCUGGCCAGCGUCAAGAAUAGGCAGAAUGCCAUCGCAUCCUCCCCCAUCAAGCGAAAGGCUUCCGAGGUGGAGGACGCGGACAACUCGGAGAACAUCGCCCCUGUGCAAUUCCCGAAGCGGUCAAAGGGUGCUGAUUUUUGGGGCGAUCUGAGCAAGAGCUUCUCCAAGCCUCCAGCCUUUACCCUGACCAAGGCCGCUUCCUCCCCGGUGACCAAAGAUGCCCUCAGCAGCCCAAUCAGCAGGCCCUCACCAGCCUCGAGGCCGCGGACCGUGCUCCAGCCCAAGUCUCCCUCAUCAAGAUUGAAGACCCGGAGCGCUGCCCAGUCCCCGCUGACAGCUCCCGCUGGUCGCUCGCCGACACGCGCCAGCAAGCGCAUGGGCAUCCUCUCCCGGCGCCGCUCCCAGCGCCCUGACCCACCGGCGUUCUCUCAGAAAGCGGCCGUCCCGUUCUCUCUCGACGCCGCUCUCCGAGGCACGAUUCCAAGCUACUCGGGCAGCCUCCGUCAGAGCAAGCUCAAGCGCCGGGCGGCGGCCAGCAGCAGCAGCAACGCCGCGCAGGACUUCUUCAUCCCGACCCCCGACCUGGCCUCGUCGUGGUGCUUCGACAUUCACGAGGACACACCCGAGCAGGAGAUGACCAACCUUCUCCAGCACGGCACGUGCACGCUCGACAUCAGCAGCGACGAGGAGUCGGAGAGCCGCGCCAAGCGGGAGCGCGCCGAGGGUCGGGACAAGGAGAACAUCCCGCCGCCCGAGGACGUCAGCCAGACGUCGUCGGCGCGGGGCGGCCCCGUCCCGGAACCGGUCGAGAUCGACGAGGACGUGCUCCUGCUCAAGGGCCGCGGCCCCCUCGCCGAGAUGAACGUGACCGACUAUUACGCCGAGGGCUGCGACAGCUCGAGCGUCUUCAUCGUCCCGGGGGACGAGGAGGAUCCCGAGGCGGUGGUGGAGGGCGAGAGCGCCGUCGAAGAGCAGGGCCAGGACCUGCCUGCUCUUCCCGCGGACGGCGAGGACCAGCAGCGGUGGUUCGCGGAAGAAGAGGACACGAGCGAGAGGUCUCCUCGGCUGCAGCCGCCGCCCGCGCCGCAGGUCAGCCUGGACGACGUCGAGCGGGUGGACGUAGAUGACAUCAUGGGCGGAAAUGACCGCUCCCUGGAAGCUUCUCCUUCUCGUCUGGGACCCAUCGAAGGCGCCGGUGAGAGCUUUGAGCUUUGGGAGAGCCACAGCGCCAAAGAUGAGGGGAGCGCGCCAAUAUCUCCGGCUCCUCUGGUUGAAUGAGCGGCUGUGUGUAUGUACAGCCAGGAGCCCGGUUUCGAGUUUUGAAGGUCCCAUGCACACAAAUCAUCACCAACACACACAGCCACCCUUCCCCCCU